CUGCACUACGGGACCCUCCUGGGCAGCAGAGCUUGUGCCCACAUGGCAGCAGCUGCCUGGGCCAGUGCCUUUCUCUAUUCCCUGCUGCACACAGCCAAUACAUUUUCCCUGCCCCUGUGCCAUGGCAAUGCCCUGGGCCAGUUCUUCUGUGAAAUCCCUCAGAUCCUCAAACUCUCCUGCUCACACUCCUACCUCAGGGAACUUGGGCUUCUUGCAGUUAGUGUCUGUUUGGUAUUUGGUUGUUUUGUGUUUAUUGUUUUCUCCUAUGUGCAGAUCUUCAGGGCUGUGCUGAGGAUCCCCUCUGAGCAGGGACGGCACAAAGCCUUUUCCACCUGCCUCCCUCACCUGGCUGUGGUGUCUCUGUUUAUCACCGCUGGCACAUUUAGCUACCUGAAGCCCCCCUCCAUCUCCUCCCCAUCCCUGGAUCUGGCCCUGUCAGUUCUGUACUCAGUGGUGCCUCCAAUAUGA